AUUCCAAAAUGAAGAAAGAGAAAGAAGGGUAAAACCGUAAAGGGUAGGAAAGAAAGUUGGAAGUUUUUCUUUCAUCCCAACAAUGAAGAGACCGAGACUUGCGGCACCGGUGUUUUCCUCCUCCACCAAAUCGCCGCCGCAGCCGCCACCUCAAACCACUCUCAAUCCCAAAACACCACCAGUGCUUUCCAGUAGAAAGUCGAAGGCUAUCAAGAAGAGAGUAAGGCCACAAUGGCAACCGCUGGACCUCACCCAAUCGGAGCUUUCUCUUCCCCUCACAUUCCCCACCGGCCAAACUUUCCGCUGGAAGCAAACUGGUCCGCUCCAAUAUACGGGUUCCAUUGGAGCGCACUUGGUUUCCCUCAAGCACCUUGAGAACGGUGACGUGUGGUACUGUAUCCACCGAACCCCUUCGGAGUCCGCCGCAAGGGACGCGCUCCUUGAUUUCCUCAACGUGGGGAUUUCUCUGACCGAACUCUGGACGGUUUUCUCGGCGAAAGACUCGCGCUUUGCUGAGUUGGCGCGGUAUUUGCCCGGUGCCCGAGUGUUGAGGCAGGACCCACUUGAGUGCCUGGUUCAGUUCUUGUGUUCUUCAAAUAAUAACAUUGGGAGGAUUACUAAAAUGGUCGAUCUUGUAUCGUCUUUGGGGACUCAUCUGGGAAGUGUUGGUGGGUUUGAGUUUCAUGAAUUCCCUUCUUUGGAGCGGUUAUCAAUGGUCUCAGAGCUGGAGCUUAGGGAAGCUGGAUUUGGCUACAGAGCCAAAUAUGUCGCUGGAACAGUAAAUGCGUUGCGAUCAAAACCUGAUGGAGGUACAAAAUGGCUGCUAUCUCUCCGUAAGUUGGAUCUCCAAGAGGCAAUUGAUGCUCUCUGUACUUUACCUGGAGUUGGACCCAAGGUGGCAGCAUGCAUAGCUCUCUUCUCACUUGAUCAGCACCAUGCAAUUCCUGUGGAUACACAUGUGUGGCAGAUUGCUACAAGACACCUCCUCCCAGAGCUUUCAGGUGCCCGUUUGACUCCUAAGCUCUGCAGCCGUGUGGCAGAGGCAUUUGUGAGCAAAUAUGGAAAAUAUGCUGGCUGGGCUCAAACUCUACUUUUCAUUUCGGAGUUACCUUCACAAAAGGCCCUCCUACCAUCACAUUUUCCUAAUGUUGAAGAGAAUAAAUCUUCUAAGAGAAAAGACUCUGAUGCCUGCAGCAGCGACUGACUCUAGAGUUGAAAAUAUUGAAGUUAUCUUUCGAGGACCUUUAUGUUGGAAGUUGAACUUCUUAUGCACUCAAGCAAGGUCCAAGUCAUACAUAUAUCUUAUGAUCAAACACUCAAGGCUUCUAGGAAAUUGCAAUCCAUGGGAAGGUAGGAGCUGAGAUCUGCCUUACCAUGUCUGAUUGGAGGUAAACUGCAUGACCUCGAUGGGUAGCUUUUAUAAACUGAGAUUUGGCCUUUCAGGUAUCAUCCUUGUAAUUUCUUGUAUUUCUGAAAUACCCCUCUUUGGCACCAUUCUUCUCUUUUCAUUAUGUUUUCACCAUAAAGUAGACCUGAUUGUUAGGACUUGGAAGUGAGUAUAUUGAUUCUACUGUUAAUUUUUUAAGAACAAUUUAUUUAUUUAGUAAUAUAUUUGCUUUUUCUUUACAUCACCUCUUCCCUCUCCUGCAACUAAGGUUGUGCAGGGCAAACAUUCUUUAUGAUGUUCUUGAUAUAUGUAUAAUAAUUUAACCAGCUAAAGCUGUUGGAGAAAGCUUAUUGCGUCAGAUUCACUUGAGGAAAAAGCUUAUGCAUACAAACGAAUGUGUUCUGAUUAUGAUGAGCGAAAGAUGUUCUGAUUACCAUUUACAAUAUGACUGUAUGAGGUUUAUUUCUUCUCCAACCCCUCCCCCGAUAUUUCCUGUCCUUCAGAUACAAAAGCUGAUGGCACAGUGUUCUUACCAAUUAUCUGUUAAUUAGCACUUUGGGCUGUCCCUUUGGAAUCACUUCUGUAACCCUUUCUUUACUGGCCUAGCUAAAAACUUUAGAAAAUCACAUAACAAGAUUCAUGUAUACAAAUAGUCAAUGGUGGAUGAUAUCCUUUAUAAUCUUUAAAGUAAGAUGAGUGAGUGGUAAUUCUCACAAGAGUUUGGAGUUAAGGCUUGAUUUUAUUUCUUAUUAAAGAAAUAUAAAGUUGCACCUGGGCA